AUGGAUUCAGCAACUCAGCUGAAUAAACCGCACCGCGGCGGUGACGGCAAGAAGAACACGGCUAAAAAGAAACUUCAUCAAAACGGCCACAACGCCAAGGCGUUCGCCGUGGCAGCACCGAAAAAACUAGAAAAAAUGGCCAGGCGAACCCACGACGUCAACGAAAAACGGUACCACGUGCCCAUGGUCGACCGUACGCCUGACGACGACCCUCCACCGGUGAUUAUUGCCGUGGUGGGCCCGCCAGGAACGGGAAAAACUACACUUAUAAAGUCAUUGGUGAAGAAACUCACGAAACUGAGUUUAAGUGAAGUGAAGGGUCCAAUUACUAUGGUCAGUGGCAAACGCAGGAGGCUUACGUUUAUGGAGGUGAACAACGAUUUGAACCUGAUGGUGGAUGCGGCGAAGAUUGCAGACUUGGUGUUGUUGCUUGUGGAUGGGAACUUUGGGUUGGAGAUGGAAACCAUGGAGUUUCUUAAUGUGGCUCAGCAUCACGGAAUGCCGAGGGUUUUGGGCGUGGCGACGCAUUUGGACUUGUUUAAGAGUCAAAGCACGCUUAGAACGUCGAAAAAACGGUUGAAACAUAGGUUCUGGACGGAAGUGUACCAGGGCGCUAAGCUUUUUUAUCUUUCAGGUGUGAUAAACGGAAGGUACCCGGAUCGGGAGAUAUUGAACUUGUGUCGGUUUAUUUCCGUGAUGAAGUUCCGUCCGUUGAAGUGGCGUAACGAGCAUCCGUACUUGCUAGCAGAUAGAGUUACCGAUUUGACACAUCCUCAGCUGAUUGCUGAAAACCCGAAAGUUGAUAGAAAAGUGGCUAUUUACGGCUACUUGCACGGCACGCCGUUGCCUUCGAAAGAUGCACACAUCCAUAUUGCCGGCGUGGGCGAUUACCAUGCUCAUAGCGUGGAAAAGCUUCCCGAUCCAUGUCCUACGCCGUAUUUCGAACAGAAACUAGAUGAAAUAGAGAGAGAAAGAGCUAAAGCGGCUGCAGAUGCCGGUGAAGAAAUGGCUCCUACAAGAAGAAGACGCAGAAAGAGACUUGAAGAUAAACAAAAGAUCAUUUAUGCGCCAAUGUCUGACGUUGGAGGUGUUUUGGUUGAUAAAGAUGCUGUUUACAUUGAUGUCGGCGAUAAACAGUCGUUUGUGGCUGGCGAAGAGACUGGCGAGGGCGAGAAGUUCGUUACUGGCUUGCAAGAUGUUCAAAAAACGAUGCACGAGCGGUUUGCCGAAGGCCCAGGAUUGCAAUUGUUUUCCAAUUCGGCUCAGAUUGAAAAUGGCGAUGAAAGCGAGCUGGAAGAGGAAAGAGGUCUUUUGGAAGACGAUAACGAAGCCAAUAAGGGCAGAAAAGCGAUGAGAAAGCCUCGUUUAUACGGCAAGUCCGUUGCUGAAGAUACAGAGUUUGACGAUAUCGAAGAAGCUGAUCUGGAUAUCGAAGAAGAAGAGCCCAGAAUGGUGGAAGUGGAUUUCGGUGAAGCCGCCAAGAACGAUUUGGAGUUUGCCGAAGACUCUGAGUUAUCUUCUGACGAAGAACAGAAUGACUACGCUUCCAUGGCCAGAAAGCUUAAAGGGUCAGUGCAGCGUCGCUGGAACAUCAACCGUCUUUUGUAUUUGGAUAAUAUCGACCCUGCUGAAGCUGUCAAGCGCUGGAAACAGGAGGUUGUGAAGGAAGAAGACGAGGAGGAGUCGGAUAUUGAAGAAGACGAAGAUUUCUUUAAAAAGAGAGACACAAAAACGCAUUCUGAAGAUUUGGAUACGUUUGUCCCCAAGUACCCUUCGCUAGACGAGCUUCGGGCCAAGUUUGAUGCUUCCAAGGUGGAAGACAGUGAUGAGGAGUAUGAGAACGGGUACCGUUCGUUGAAAAACCGUCUUUUGGUUGCUCCUAAGCUUAACGAAGAGGAGGGUGAAGAAAAAGAGGAAGGAGACGACGAUGAAGAGGUUUAUGGAGAUUUUGAGGACCUCGAAGGUGAAGACGGUGAAGACGGUGAAGAGGAAGAAGAAGAAGGAGACGAUUUUGCUGAUUUCGAGGCUGAAGAAGAGAAAGAUGAAGAUCCAGAGGCCGAGGAAGAAGAUGAAAACAUGACGGUGGACCAAAAGAGAGAACUCAACGCCGCCAAAAAAGCUAAACUCAAGUUACAGUUCGAAGACGAAGAAGAUAGAGAGUUUGGCGCUGACGAUCCAGAAGGAGACACAGAAGCAGAUACCUGGUACGAGUUCCAGAAGAACAAAAUGGCCAAGCAGUUGGAGAUCAACAAGGCUGAAUACGAAGAUAUGGACCAGGAAACGAGAACGAAAAUCGAAGGGUACCGUGCUGGUUCCUAUGUUAAAAUCGUGUUUGAUAACCUUCCAUGUGAGUUUAUUGAAAACCUUGAUCCUGAGUAUCCGAUCGUUUUGGGUGGUCUUUUGGCGACCGAGUCCCGUUUUGGCAUCAUGAACGUUCGUAUCAGAAGACACAGAUGGCACAAGAAGAUUCUUAAAUCUCAGGAUCCAUUGAUUCUUUCCUUGGGCUGGAGACGGUUCCAGACGAUCCCCAUUUACACCACAUCCGAUUCUAGAACGAGAAACAGAAUGUUAAAGUAUACGCCAGAGCACGCAUACUGUUUUGCAUCGUUUUACGGUCCUUUGGUUGCUCCAAAUACGACAUUUGUUGGUUUUAAUCUUGUGGAUCAGUCUUCCACCACUGGUUCGUUCAGAGUGGCUGCAACUGGUGUGGUUGAAGAUUUAAACUCAUCGGUGGAGAUUGUCAAGAAGCUUAAGCUUGUGGGACAUCCAUAUAAGAUUUUCAGAAACACAGCUUUUGUCAAGGAUAUGUUUUCGAACUCGUUGGAAGUGGCCAAAUUCGAAGGUGCUGCUAUACGAACGGUUUCUGGAAUUCGAGGAGAAAUCAAGAGAGCUCUUUCGAAGCCAGACGGGUACUUCCGUGCUACGUUUGAAGAUAAAGUGUUGAUGUCAGAUACGAUUUUCCUCAAAACGUGGUACCCUGUCAAAGUGAAGAAGUUCUACAACCCAGUGACUUCUUUACUUUCCACAAAACACAACGACUGGAAGGGAAUGAGACUCACUGGACAAGUGAGAGCCGCCAACGAGAUUGCCACGCCAAUGGAGAAAGACAGCGCUUACAAGAAGAUCGAGCGUCAAGAACGAAAGUUCAACCCUCUCAAGGUGCCCAAGCUGAUCAAGAAGGAUUUACCGUUCAAGAGUCAGAUCCGUGAAGCCAGACCACAAUCCAAGCAGACUUAUAUGGCGAAAAGAGCUGUGGUUGUGGAUGGAGACGAGAAGAAGAUGAGAGAUCUUGUGAAUAAGAUCAACACUCUCAAGAGAGAUAAAGAUGCCAAGCGGAAGCUGAAGAAGAGCGAGAAGUUCCUGGAGAAGCUUAAAGAGAUUGCCAAGAAGGAAGAAGGCAAGAAGGAGAAGGAGAGAGAGAGAAAGAAGGAUUACUUUGCUAAACAGGGUAAGAAGAGACAGUUGGACCUGAGCGAAGGCAACUCUGCUGCUUUUGGAAGCAAGAGAAGGAGAUAA